UGUGUCGUACUUGGGGCAAAACACAAGGUCAAGAGAUGGAGCAGCUCACAUGAUUGUGCUGUGACUGUAUACUCAGGCUAUGGGUGUGUGAAUGCGUUUUGAUGAGAGAGCGAGUAGCUCAUUGCUCUCACUGUCCUCCAUGUAAGGCAGAUGAUAAGCACCGAUUCUUGGGCUCCCAUCUGCCCGAGCUUCUCUAUUCAGGCAGGAGGACAAAUCUCUACUGGGUGUGGAGCCACAGUGAAGUCCUGGAGAAAGGGAUGCUGAAAAUUAGCGUCGGGGGAUCAGUGAGCUUUCUCAUUUUUUGACCUGUUGUAUUUUGUUCAUUUUUUUUCCAGAAGCUCUUCUUCUGAGACUGAAACCAGCUCUUAAUAGAUGGGUUCAGCCUUUCAGACAUUCUGCAUGCGGUUCUGCUGCUGCUGCUGUACUGGUGGCGACGAUGAUGAGGAUGAGAAGCAGCCUUUAAUACCUCAAGAUCCACUGGAGUACUUUAACCGUGAAGUCCAGAAGCGUCGUGAUGAGGAGACCAACCUGUGGAGUGAGCCAGGAGACCCCAGCCACACAGAGAGAGAUGACGACCGGGCCCUGUGUGCCCUGCUGCAGGCCAGAAACAAGAUGCGCAAGGGAUCCUUGGGUUAUCGCCGUCUGAGUGUUGACAUCGAGGCUAUGAGAGAUGUACGACGAGAAGUCAGAGACAAAUGGAAGGCGAUCUUGGAAAACUUAGGUUUCAUGGCAGAGGCAGAUAUGCUGCUGACAGUGUCUGCCAAUGCCUCGCUUGACCGCAUGCGUAACGCCCCAGCAGCACGGGACCUUCUUCAGACACUGCACUCUGAGACAUCCAUCUUCAACAGCAGAGAUCAGCCACCGGAAAGAUAUCUCUUCAUCCUGGAUCGUCUCCUGUAUCUAGAUAUAGCUGACGAUUUUGUAGCAAAAGCAAAGCGCUUCUAUCCUCCAAGGGAUGACUCUGAUGAGGAGACGCCGGGUCUUUCCAUAGACCUCCCACUGCUGCUGGCCAGGGUAGAGGCCAUGAAUGGAGGAGGUGAUGAAGACAAGGAUGAGAGCAACAAAGACUAUGGAAACUUGAGUGCCAAAUCUUAAGAUCUACAGGCUGCAGUAACAGUAGACACAAGGCAGGGGGCAGUAGCGGUCAACCCUGGAGGUGUGGAUGACAGAAUUGCAUAGCUCUUAUUUUCAAGUGCGUCUUGCCUCAUAUUGUGUUGCUGUUCCUUGCUUCUUUCUCUCUUUUCUGCAGUUUAAAUCUGAAAGGGCUUAGCAGAUUUUCAGGUGAACAUUACAAGUGUGUGUGUGUGCGUGUACUUGUAUGGCCAGCAGUGUGGCGACCGGUUUGAAUUUUAAACCAUGGGAGUGAGGACAUUUUGGGAAAGUGAAGACAUUUUGGCUGGUCCUCACUUUCUCAGACCCCUUUAAAGGGCUGUUUGAGGGUCAUGACUUGGUUUAAAGUUAGAAUUAGGUUAGUGUAAGGGUUGCAAUUCAAUUGUGAUGGUUAAGGUUAGGGGCUAGGGAAUGCAUUAUGUCUGUGAAUGUCCUCACAAAGUUAGCUAUACAAAUGUGUGUGUCUCUCCACCAGAAGAGUUUUAUCCAGUUGUAUCGCUUCAUUGUUCAGAUGUUGUGAACCUUCGGGGUAGUGAUGUUCCAUCGAGCAGAGCCUCUUUUGUCCUGUGAUUAUCAGCACUCAUUCCAUUCAGUCGCAUGAUCGGUAACAACACUGAUAAAAUAGCCCAGAAAUCUGACAUCAGAUUUCCUCUAAAGUUUCCAAAGAAUAUGUGUUUGUAAAGUCUGCAUUUGGCCUCAAAGCAUUACAGAUGGAAAUGCAAUGUAGUAGUUGCAGUCUGUUUUGUGUACAGUGUCGCAGGUCAGAUGUUAGUAUAAUACCCUCCCUGGCGCUGCCUCAUGUGAAGUAAUAUGAGUUUCCAAUGGAAUACACAGCUCAGUGCAAGGAUCUUCAGUCUCUUCCUGUGCCCUCAUGUGGCCUACCAUGUGUACCCAUUGCUGGCUUAAGCUCUGAACCACAGGCACAAAAUUAAUCCUGGCCUGGUGCGGCAUGUCCCGCAUAUGAACAUCCCACUGGGACCAGACUGGGUUGCAAGAUGGAUGUUUUGGUCAUCAGCUGUCCAUUGCUCUUGUUAUAUAAGAGAGACACUCUGGUGAGUCAAGUACAUGUUUGAACACGGCACCAGCCUGCUGGCGCACUGGCACGCAGACACACAACACCAGUGCCACUCGGCGGUGCCAUAUGAGACGCUAGAGUCAAGCUGAAGGCUGUGUGCAAAUAUCCAGGCAGGACUCAAUAGAAAGUUAACUUUCCCUCAGAUUCUUUCUUUCUGCUGUACAGGCAGUUUGUGUCAAGUUGACCUGUCCUCUUUGUCCUCCCACAUUCACUCCUCAGUCACAUAAAAAAAAAAUCUUUCUUUGACUUUUUCAAACCUGUACUCACAUUUUUUUUUACCGUAUGUACCACCUCCUGACAGGCCUAGGCUUUAUCCUGCAAUUGCCCUUCUCUUCCUCUCUCCUUCCCCCCUCAUCUCUCCCUCUGUGUGACAGCUCAUUUAAAUGUCACUUCCCAACAGCUGUGGCAGUGUUGUUACGCAACACAAAGUUCUUCCUGGCCGGGCCUGAUCUGCUGUGGGUGGAGGGCCAAGGACAAAGUGAGGGGAAACAUUGUAACAGGGGUCAUCACUGGUCAUCUUUACAAACACUCCUGGCUUCAUUACCAUAGCACGACUCACCCAAAAACAUCUGAGAGGUGAAUUCAUCUGACGUCCUCUUGUAGUUUUAGCAGGCAAAUACCCAAAUAUAGCAAAAACACUAUGUGUACUAUUUAGUUUAAAACCUGACCACUCAGUGUUAAGUCAGUUUUAAAAAACAUGAUCUGAGCGUUUCAGAUUUGACAUUUCAUGGUUGUCAUAUCAUGCCUGAACGCAUGACCCCAGGGGUGCCUACAGUGCUCUUGCUGUCAUUUCGCUCUCUAACAGUUAGUGAUAUACAUAUGCAAUAUCACGCCACAGAGAAGUUGAGACAAAGAAAAUGAAAUACUGUUGUACAUCAUUUUGUACAAAUUAACUUGUGUAUCCAGGAGCAGUUCUAGAAAAAGUUGGGUGGGGUGGCCAGGGUGGGGCAGCGACUCAGAGAGAGGCGGCACAUUUGAAAUACAUGUAAAUAUAUACAGGAAAUAGAAAACCAUACAUGAAUAAGAAUCAAUUUGUUCAUUUUUUUGUACAAAUAAGACACACAUAGUGCAUUCUUUAACUAAUUUAAAUAAACGAGGAUCCUGAGCUCCUUAUUUAUGGGGACGCCCCCGCCCGCCCCCCAACCUCCAGAUCUUGCUAAGCAAUCCACAACAACUGAGUCGGAGAAAUUAAUGUAAAUAUCAUGCUAUGUGCGUUAUAUAAAAUAAAUCAAAUUUGAACAAUAUC